AUGAAGAUUUUUACCCAGUCUUGGCGGCCUGAAGUGGAUGAAUCAACCCGGUUGCGCGGCUUCGUGGGAAUGAUCCACGGAUACACAGCUGAAAGCAGUUGGCUCUUUGAACUCUCUGCAGUUGCUAUAGCUAAAUCAGGUUUCCUCGUCUCUGCACUUGACCUACAAGGCCAUGGAUUCUCCGAAGGCUAUCCUGGUCACAUUCCCAACAUACAACAUGUCGUCGAGGAUUGCAUUCAGUUUUUCGAUUCGGUUCGAGCUGAAAAUCCAGGCAUUCCAGCGUUUCUGUAUGGUGAGUCACUAGGUGGUGCAAUAGCCAUACUAUUGAGCCUAAGACAGAAGAAAGAAUGGAGUGGUUUGAUUUUGCAUGGUGCAAUGUGCGGCGUUUCCAAGAGCAUUAAGCCGAUUUGGCCCAUCGAGAUGUUACUUCCGGUGGCUGCAUGUAUUGCGCCAAAAUGGAAAAUUGUGAUCACUAGGCCACCAGAGAGCAUGUCAUAUAAAGAAGCGUGGAAGCAAAAGCUGGCGGCUAAGAGUCCGAAUCGCGGUCGCUUGGCCUCGGGGAAACCUCUGGCCGCAACUGCCUUGGAGUUCUUGAGAGUGUGUGAAUAUAUUGAAAAGAAUUGCCAUGAAAUUGAAGUCCCUUUGAUGGUGGUGCAUGGUGGGGAAGAUAGGGUGUGUGAGGCUAAAUCUGCUCAACAGUUCUAUGAAAUGGUGAGCAGCAAAGACAAAAGUCUUGAGAUUGUGAAAGGUAUGUGGCAUAUGUUGAUUGGCGAAUCAAAUGAAACUGUGGAGUUGGUGUUUGGUAAUAUUAUUUCUUGGAUUUGCAACAGAGCUGCUAAAUAUAAUCAACAUUAA